GACAUUUAUAGAUAUAAAAUAUUGUGAAGUACUUGUCAGUUAUUUUCUCUCAGGAAAUACAUAUUCUUUACAAAAAUAUAUUCGCCUGUAUUCGAUUAAAAAUCGAACAACGUGUCACAGCAUUAGAAGUUCAUUUUGAAUAACAUUAAUAAUAAUUUAAUAAUCACUAGACGCAAAACACUUUAAUUCAAAUAAUUACUGUAAUUUUAAGUAUUAAUAAUAAAUCUAUAGAUUGAUUUUGAGGAAAGUUAAAGAUUGAAUUCCACUUAAAAAAUAGUGACGGUAAGUUUCAGGCGUUUUAUUUGGCGAAGAUUUUGUUCAUCUUACAAUUAGACUUUUCGCGGGACACUUAAAAUGUAAGGGCCAAGGAAACAGGGACGCGGAUACGGGUAUCUCGGCGCUGACUCGAGGAGUCGCGAGUAAGCGGUCCCGAGGGCUACCCCUCGAUCUAGCCGGGCUGCUUCCGGGGAUGCUGCGCGCGCGCACCGGGGGUUGCGCUCCGCUUUCAUCUCGCAGUUUCGCAGCCUCCCUUUCGCGACCCGUGUCAAGUCUAUACCGCGGCUCGAUCGGAGGUGUGUGUGCAGUUUGCCCGUGUCUCGUUGUCCCCGGGUAGACCGGGACGUCCGGCCGGGUACGAUCGUUAUUGUGGUCCCGGAUCCCGGUUCCUCACGAGUCCGCACAGCCUCUCGCUCUGUCUCCGGGGUCCGAACCGAAUGCAUCGCACCGCGCCGGAAAAUGGAAACCGUAAUUGUGACGCAUGCGGACUUGGCAGAGGAAGAAGAAUAAAUUGUACGACGGACGGCCAUGCGAGCAGUGAAAAGGCAGACGAUAAGGACGAGGAAAAGAGAAUCGAGUAACUGCAGAUGAAGAGGGCCGUUAUCCCGUAAUUUUUCCGCAAAUGUGAUUUGGAGGCCGCGACUUUUCAACGUAUUAUUUGGCAGCCGAAGCCGAGAUAGGCGGCAGAAAGCACGAGGUUGACAAUGUAAGGAAACAGUCGGGGCAGAUCUGUCUCCUUAGCGUCAUGCUUUUAACGUCGUACCUGAUAUCGCUACCAUUUAAGGAGGAGGUAACCGAACGACGAUCUCAUACCGUAUUAAUAGUCUAAUCUGCGCGAAAGCUCACAGAUGAAAUGACGUGCGUGGGCAAUUGUAUGUACAUGUACAUAUACAGAUACACGUGCGUGAAAGCGUAAGGCUUCUACGUGUCGUCUCCGAUGCGCUGAUCUAUCAUUCGCGACGGUUACCACCGAAACGAGUGAGGGAAGGCGAAUUAAAUGCGAUUAGCUCCACAAUUGGAUUAGUCGCGAGAGUAAGAUGUGAAGGAGAGGCGGGAUGAUCGUGGAAGCGCGGGAUCAAACGUGUGCACGCGUAACGUGAACCAGCCCGGUCAGCCUCGCCGCCCCCUCGCGCUCAUCCCCCGCGGAUCGACGCGGUCUUCGGGUCUCCUGGUGAUGCGUCGUCGAGCACGCGGGCGGGAUGGCGGAAACGACGGCGCACAACCGCACGACGUACGACGGGACGACGGCGGGAAAGCUGAAUCUCACGUCGAUGACGUUUCUACCUUCCAACGUGGUCGCGGCCGCGUUUAACGCCGAGACGACUAACCCGCCCGCAGCGAUGACGGGCGACCCCGCGGUCGUCACCACCGUCAAGCCGCACCAUCGCGUCUACAACGUGACGGAGUACCUCGUCGAGCAGGACGAGCUCGAUCACAGUAUCCUUGCCAACUUUUCAGACAUACAGACCGUUUUGCUUGCAUGCAUAUCGACGUUAUUACCGCUGAUCAUCGCCUUGGGGAUCGCCUUCGGCGUCAGGCACGUGUGGCGAAAGUAUCGGAGCGACAGGGACAGCGGGAACGGUUUACCUUGGUACAAGAACGUCUGCAACCGCGAUAAUGCAGUCGAGUCGCAACAUCAUCAUCCGCAUUCCGGAAACGUUCCCGUUGAGGCUGCCACGAGGGUUCUCUCCGCACAAGACUUGGUGAACGGCCUAGACGUACCCCGAUACAUGUGCGAAACGGAGGUGAUGGAGGACGUUAACGUUGCCCCGGGUGCGGCGACGGCGGCGGCGGUGAUGGAGUACACCGCCACUUCCGGCAAUCAUAUCAGCAAGAACGCGAACGGGAACAUCAUCACCCUUACGCUCAAGCACAACCAUCUUAUUGUGGAGACGGAGGAACGUGCGGUAACGAUGGAGGAUAACAAACCCACGUCGAGAUACAAGGACAGCGGGUGUUCGUUUGUGGUGGAGGUUCAGCCGGAUUAUGACAAGGAAGAGACGGCGGGUAACAAAGGGUCGUCCGAUGAUGUGACCACCGGUGUCACCGAUCAACAGGCUCUAGUGCACAGGGCGGAAAUACCGGACGACAGAUCUUCAGCUUUCGAAAAUACGCGUCUGUUUGGGAGCACCAACACCGGUCUGUCGCAGUCAGACCUCUCGAUAUCCAGCCAGGGUUCGGCUAAUCCAAGUUACCGCUACGGCAAUCAAGUCGAAUACGAUUCCGGCCAUCUUGGUUACCCCAUGUACGGUGGCAGCUACGAGUCCGACGUGCUGUCGAGGAAGCUGGAGGGACGGUCGAAAUGGGUGGAGUUCGAUAAAUCGUCGGAUAUGGAAAAGAUACUGCUAGGCGACUCCAGAAAUUUUAGCGAGGAGGAGGAGGAGGAGGACAAAAGCCAGGAGUUCUUCGGGAAAUCAAAAGAUAUGUCGUCCCUAGAAGAUGUUGUCAACUCGGUGGUACGGGGUGACUCGUUGGAUAUCGACAGUUUCCCGGAUACCGUGCGAUCGAAUCCGAAUCUCCAGGUGAACGGCACCACGCCCAACAAGCUCGAGAUUAUGGAGCAGAAGGCUCUGAGCAACGACUUCGCCAGCAAGACGGAGAACAGCAAGCCCGUGAUAACCGGCGUGUUGCUGAAGGACGACGUUCAGGAGGACGCGUUCCAGGAACAGCAGCGUAAACUGGGUAACGGCACGCUGACGCCGGAACACAAGGGGGACAGGACGGCGGCGCGCAAGCCGGAAGGCAGCGUCUUCGUGCCGAGUCACAAACGAGCGGGCAGCAUCCCGCCGCGGCUGAUCGAGGAGACGCUCGAGAUGGAUCGCAAGAAGUCGCUGGACAUCUACAAUAAGUACAGUCAAAUCAAAACGAGCACCAGGGGCAUGCUGCCGAGCUUGAGCCCGAAAUUCGAGCUGCUGCAGAACGAGGUGAGUCCGAUCGAGGAGAAGGAGAGUUAAUGCGCGCGCCAAUCAAGGAAGAACCCCCCGUCCCGCUCCCCUCGUCGUCGUCGUCAGUUUCUCGACUGAGUCGUCGGGACGCAGCAUCCUCGGGAUAAAUUGCAACGAAAGAUGUUAGUCAGGGAUUACUGAAAAAAAAAAAUGCAGCGAACACACGGUCAAUGGUGUACUAAUGGUAUAGGAAUUAUGUUACUCGACGUAGCGAAUAUUAUAUCACGACCACUUAUUUCAGCAAAUGGCAACGAUCUCGCAGAUUUGAACCGAAUAGACGUGUACCUACGCAAAUUCUAUGCGACGAGGUGGAUUUAACGUAAGAAAUUAGCGUAUUAAUAUGUAAGCAAUUUAAUCAAAGAGGGAAAGAUUGGCGGUUACCGGCAAGAACACUCUACGCAUGAUAUUGCGGUUAAAAUAUGUUUUCCUUUGGCGAAUUUAACGGGUAGUGUGACACACUGAUCGGCAGUUAGGUUUCCUUUACAAUUAUAAUUCAAGAAAGCGCUUAUUUCGCCAUAUGUAACUUAAAGUAUGAAUAAACUUGUCUUUAAUAUGGACCAUGCUAUUUAGUUGGAGCUAAGAGAACUUUUCGCAGCUGAAACAAACAAAUAAUGAUUACUGUUAAGCGUAACGUAUGCCAAUCACGAGCUAAUCAAAAGAGCAUUGCGAAUAAGAAACCCUUUUUCAUCGUAAUUUCACGUAGACGUAACAGCGCAUCACUCGACUUGUGAUAGUGACGUAGUCAUAUAUCUCGUGAAAUUGAUAUUAACGGUAUUAGAAAAUAUACAUAUGCGAUACUCAAUCUUUCUCUAAUUUCUAUCUCUUCGUUAAGAGCGCGUAGUCGCGCUCGGGAUCCCUUUCGCGAAAUUGCGUUAGCACUUUUCACUCUUCGACGGUAAAAUUAGCUGCUUACAAAUCAACAUUUUCUAUUUCUUCGUUAAGAGCGCGUAGUCGCGCUUGAAAUUUCUUUCGCGAAAUUGCGUUAGCACUUUUCACUCUUCGACGGUAAAAUUAGCUGCUUACAAAUCAACAAUUUAAAUUGUUUUUUUCGUCAAUACUUUCUUAGAUAUUUCAAACCGAUGGUUUUAAAGAGAGGAGCUUGAAGAGUAGACAAGUCCCUUAAAUUUCGUACAGUUUCAGUGCCGUAAGGGCGCCAAUAAAUAAAAUUAAUUUCCUAGACAUGCGCGCGCGUGUGCGUGAUUAAAAUUCGGAGUCUCGGUUCGUAGCUGCUACGACUUCAUUAACAUUCUCGAUUCGGGAUAAGCCACUCGAGCAUCGCUCGCCCAUAAUAAUAUUAAACAUUGUAGUAAUCGUAAGUACCUUAGUGCGUAAGACAUUACAUUUCUAAACAUCUGUAUUUAGUAAACAGGUCAGUGUACGCAUAUACACAUCGAAUGUAUAUACAUGUAACGAGGUUCACGCGUAAUAUGAAAGCACAUAAACGUUAGGUAUUGACGUUGACGCGCGUACAUUUAAGCGCGCGCGCGCACACAUACACCGAUGUUAAAGAUUUUUUAUUAGCUUCAUAGGCGUUUCAGGAUGUCGAGUCGACGCUUAAAGAAAGAAAAAAAAAACCUAACGAUCACGUGGAUUCUAGUGCCAAAAUAGUUUAAGACGAAUCGAAUCGGCCCGCGGGUCGACGAGCGUUUAAAUCUGUGUAUAACUACGUUGAGAGGGAAGCAUUACGUUAAUGAUAUUUCAGAUUUUAUAUGAUUGCGUUGAAUGUUAUAAACGUUAUCGAAUGUUGGCUUUUGCGAUGCUUUGCCGUGAGUUUUCACGAUGUGAAAUUGAAUGUUCUCAGCCUGUAUAUACCCGGAGAAUAUCCCCCUCGUGUCGGAUAUCUUUCCAAUUUUCGCAAAUACCCUUCCCACUCUACCGCCGCUACAUUUACACACUUCGCUCCGUGAGAAAAUCAAAGCGAGAUCUACUUCGGUGUACGGAUAUCGUCCGGGGAGCGGACAGUAGAGUUUUGCCACGAUGGGACACAAAUGGGUCAAGACCUUGGAAAUGUUUCCUGUCCACGAUUAAAUGUUUAAUCAUCCUUUCGACGCGACAGAACCUUGUCGAUCGGAAUCACGUUCGAGGCGCUUAGCCGACACGGCGACGCUAACAUUACAGAAACGCAAUAUCGCGCGUUUCGAUGACCCCCCUCUCAGCCUACAGUUGUGCGAAGAACGUAUCUCGGUAUUUAAAUAAAGCGCGGUUCUCAGCGCGCGAUUAUUCCCUCAUUUUACUGCGAGCUGGAAACAUUAUUCCCCGUCUCUAUCACUCGACGCUGAUUGUUGCCAUUUCUCAUCCACGUACGCGUGGUCGGAAAUGCGAUCUAGAGGCAAAGUCUUCGAACGUGAUCAUUAUUAUUGCAUGUUGAAGAGGAAGCUUUUAUUUUUCCCUAAAUAUUUAAAAGUCUCCAUUGCGACAUAAGAUAAUUGCCGAUAGAACGUGAUUUAGCGGAUUAUCGUAGAUCUAGGCUCGAAAUGUAUUACAACUGCGAAAGUAGAAGUCGUCCGAAUGCAUAAUGCAAAGUCGAGGAGGAACGAGACAGGAAAUGUUACGGUAGUGAUCGAUUUAAUUGCACGUUAUAUUUUAUCUCUCCGUAAGAUUUAUUAUCUUAUUACCGUUAAACGUGCGUCAAGGAUUCGCCGUGUUCUUGAAAAAUAUGGAACACGAGCUUUCACACGAUCGGAGCGGCACGAUCGCGCGGUUGUUUAUUUAUACAAAUUUUAAAGACAACACAUGCUAAUAUAUUAUCCUAAUACGAUAUAUAGUUUUGACUUUCAUAAAUUAAAAAUUGCAUAUAUAUUGUAUAUUCUAUAUAUUUUUGCUCCACGUUUAUAUAUAUAUAUUCAAAAUGAAGAUUGUUGGUUUCUUCAUUAAUCGCUGAAUAUGUGAUCGCGUUGCGUACUUAAUAAAUAUUAUCUUAUCUUAAAUAGUCUAACAUUAUGUUGAAUUUUUAUACAGGAUGAUUUAUGCAAUUACAAUGAGUUGCAAUUCUCGUUAACUGCGGGGUCAAACGUAAGGAAAAUGUAGAACUACUCUUCGUAGCUGUAUAUAAUUGCAAAUUAUAUAUUGUAUUGUUUUCUAAAGCAACUAGAUUUAUUUCAUUACUUGCAUACAAGUAUUAGAGCGAGAUAAUUAAAAAAUGAAUACUUUACGAGAUAUUUAAUAUUUUAUAUCGAAAUAUAUUACAAUAGAGUAUAAAUAUUUCGCAGACUAUUAAUUCUUAAUAAUCUUAUCUCAGUGUUGUUGUACGCAAAGUGUUUAUACGAAUCAAUUUAUGUAAAAAAAAAUACUCCGUUAAAAUAUAUAAUUGCAUUUUUCUGACGCAUUCUUGUUUGUAUAAGGAUACAUUAUUUAUAAGGAAGAUAUUUUAUAUCAUUCAGUUCUUUGACGAAAUAAGAAUUACAACUCGUCUCAACUGCAUGACUCAUCCUGCAAUUCACAGAUAUAGACUAAUGUAUAGAGAUUUAAUAGGAGCUUUAUCAGUGAUCGACGAUCAUAUUGUUAUAUUAAUUUUACGAAAUAUGCGAAAAAUAUUUUGCGAAAUAUACGCACAAUUGUUUCUGCGGGAAGAGACGACGUCUGGUUUGUUCAUGUGAAAGUACAGGACGACACUCGAUUGCAGAAAUCUACAAGCUACUCGAGGUUAAAGCGUUGAAGGUGCUAAAGAAAUGACACGAACGGCUACGGUCUUUCUUAUGUAAUUAAUAAAUGCAAAAUGGACCCGCUAAGACAUGCGUCCGUCCUUCUAUGUCGUAUUCGCGAGUGACAAAAAUUAAUUCUUUCAUGCGCAAGUUAAUCGGACAUCAUAAUUCAUGAAACACGUUCGUGUGUUAACUGUUUCUUUUUUUUUUUUAAUUCAGUUUUAACCGGAAACAUUGUGGACUGAAAAUGCCACGCGAUUCUUUCCAAGAGGCUCACGAUCUUCAGAGAAUUAUUUCGGUAACUGUGCAAAAAUUGUUGCGAUACUUUCUAUUUAAUUCUAAUUGUUAAGAGAGUCGAUAUUGCGCAUGAGAGGGUUAGUGUGAAGAUUUUAACGUAAUGCAUAAGAGAGAAAUUGAUACGGAUAUUGAUGAGGGGGCGUGAAAUAAGCUUCAACGUCCGAGGCUGUUUUAAUAUUUUAUAAGCUACGACAUUGCAAUUUCCUACUAAACAGUAAACAUCUCUUCCUUUCAAUAUAAGUCGAAAGUAAUACUAGUUAUUGCGCUCAUUACAUGUAAUGCGAAGACAACACAUGCGGAGGGUUUUUCUUACAGACAUUUAUUUCUAACAAUCGCUAAGCUAUCUCAUUGUAUAUGUCAACUUAUUUUGCAAAAAUAAACUAUUGGGCACAAAGAAAGGCGUUUCUUGUUAUCACAACUGCGCCGUUCUUCUGUUUGCACGUGGUUAUUAGUUUAACGUUAGCGCGCAAAUCUGACAAAGUUUAUUUAAUUCCCCUAAUUUUACAGGCGCGUAACCAGACGCAUAUGUUACGUUAUGUUUCAAUGUAUACGAGGAGCUUGAUCUAAUGACAUGCCAAGCCGUCAAACGAAAACCCGUCUCAUUGAUAAAACUCAAUGGCCUUUUCUCGGCAGUUUUAAAAAUUAAUUCGUAAUAUAUUGUUAUUGAAAAGAAAAACCGCGAGACUUCCACAUCGGGACCAUAAUCGAACGUGUAAAGACAAAUGAAGAGAGAGCUUCAUGCCUCUCUCGCACCUGGCAUGUUGUUACGCCAAACUCUUCAUUUCAAAGUUUCUACAAGGUGUGAAACCGCGGUACGUGCGAUUUACUAAAAAUAAUUGCGUAUUUGUAUUGAACAAUGUAUGCUCUGUUUAUGUAUCAAAUUGUUAUAUAAAAUUAUGAAACGACAAGCGUGAACAUUCCUAUCCAUUUCACGAGCCAAAUGCGCAAAAUAAAACUUUUGUUCCUCCUAAA